AUGCGGAGCACGCAACGUUGUGAGGGAAUGAAUAAGUACGUGAAGGACUUCUUGAAGAGUGGGGUGAAGUUGGUUGAGUUGGUUCGAUCAUUUAUAAGAGCAUUAUUAAGAUUGAGGUUCACGUAUUCGGAGAUUGAUUUCGAUUGUAGGUAUUCAAAGCAUGAAAUGAAAACACAGCUUUAUAUGUUGGAGAAUGAUGCAUCAAAGAUCUACACCGACAAUGUGUUUUAUGUAGUCCGGAAAGAGAUAGAGAGGGUGGGUGGACUCAUCACCGAAGCUGCUGUGCAAUCCGAUGGAUUUAAGACAUAUAUCAUGUGGAGACACAGUAGAGUGGAUCGAAGGUUCAGUGUGGUGUACUUUCAAGGGGAAGGUGACCCACGGUUUGUGUGUUCUUGCCAAAAGAUGGAGUACGAGGGCAUACCAUGUUGUCACAUCUUCAAUGUUUUGAAACAUGAGAGCAUUUCGAAGAUUCCUAUUUCUUUGAAAAUGAAACGAUGGAUGAUUGUUGAAAAGUCGGACGCUGAAAAGUUGGAUGCACAUAUGGUCACUAAUGUUACAGAAGAUGGGGAAUCAAAGUCAAGAUUUGGUUAUAUAAGUGACAGGUUAAGCAAACUGUCAUUUCAUGCCUCUUCUUCGAAGGAACUAUACGAUAUGGUAAACGAAGAAGUUGAUAAACUGGAGAAAAAGCUAGAAGCUGUGUCUAUUGUUCCAGAAGUUAGAAGGCAGGAAGGUGGAUGUGGACGUCAUGAGAACCUUAUUAGAGACCCGAAUGUUGUAAAAACCAAAGGGAAGAAAAAAGAACAAAGAAAGACUACAGGGAAACAAGACAGAAAGUGCAAGGAUGAAAUUGAUGGUGAAGGUAACAUCCCACAAGCCAAUGAAGUUGGCCUUUCAAGCAGAAUCCCAUACCAGCAUCAAGUUCAACAGGUUCCCUUUCCUCCAGGAUACCAAUACCAAGGUUUUCCAGGAAUGCAAAAUUUCCCAACCAACAUGUACUUCAAUGGAAUGCAAAAUCUCCCAAGUGGUCAUCCACAGAUGUAUGGACCAAGUUUGUUCGAUCCAAGGUAG